CUCUCUCUUUCCCUUCCUCCCCUCUCUCUCUUUCCCUUCCUCCUCUCUCUCUCUUUCCCUUCCUCCCCUCUCUCUCUUUCCCUUCCCCCUCUCUCUCUUUCCCUUCCUCCCCUCUCUCUCUUUCCCUUCCUCCCCUCUCUCUCUUUCCCUUCCUCCUCUCUCUCUCUUUGUUCCUCCUCUCUCUCUUUCCCUUCCUCCCCUCUCUCUCUUUCCCUUCCUCCCCUCUCUCUCUUUGUUCCUCCUCUCUCUCUUUCCCUUCCUCCCCCCUCUCUCUCUUUCCCUUCCUCCUCUCUCUCUAUGUUCCUCCUCUCUCUUUCUUUCCCUUCCUCCCCUCUCUCUCUUUCCCUUCCUCCCCUCUCUCUCUUUCCCUUCCUCCUCUCUCUCUCUCUUUGUUCCUCCUCUCUCUCUUUCCCUUCCUCCUCUCUCUCUCUAUGUCCCAUAAGGAGCUCAGCAGUCAUAGUCUUGUUAAUUGCCUUUCUUAGAGAGAGAGAAGAACAGAGAGGGGGCGAGAGAGAACGGGGAGGGAGAGCGAGAGCGGGAAAGAGAGUCCCCUGCUGCAUUGCCUGGAUCUAGCUGUGGCAGUGCGUUAGAGAGAGAGAGAGAACGUCAGCGUCCCAUCCUGCCUGCCUCCACCAGUCUAGUCUAGGUGCUCCAUCUGACAGCACAAGAUUGAUGGAUUGAGCUGUUUAUCGCACCUAACAUCAAUUCUGUCCUGCCUUCUCUUUCAUUCCCUGCCUCAGUCCCUCAUCCCCUCCCACCCUUCCCUCCCCACUCUUCCCUCCCUCCCCACUCUUGGACCCCCACUUCUCUCUCUCCUCCGUUUUUAAAGGCGUAUUUUAUGCUGCCAGAGAGAGCAACGCGACAGUGAGAGAGUGAGAGACGAUCCUAUCUGCCUCAAAGCCUUUCGCAAGGAUUCGCGAGGAAGCGCUAGCCGGGACUAAGCUGGACUGGACCGUGGCAUUCCUUGGAGGAGGAGGGGGGAGAGCCGUGGAUAUGGAGGACGGUGGGACACGGCACCUCGGCCAUGAGUGCAGGGUGGACAUGAUGGAAGAGGAGGGGGAGCCGCUGACCGGAGGAGAUGGACUGACCGGAGGAGAUGGACUGACCGGAGCUGGUGUUAUCCUGAUUCCCAAGCUGCCCCAUGUGGAGUUCAGCCUGGAGUGCAGGGAUCUGAUUGGCUCUGGCAGAGACAGGAAGCCCAAUGCUCUAGUCCAGGUUGCUGUCAUCGACCCCCGGGAACAAUACCUGGUCUCCCACGCCUGCACAGAGAUAGUAGAGGGUAGCAGAGACCCGUUGUUCCUGACAGGGGUGACCUUCCCUCCGGAGUACCCUGCCAGCCCAGAGACGCUAGUCAAGCUCACCGUCUACGAUGUGAGAGACAAGGCCCGCGACAAUGUAAGUAAAUCGCUAAGUGUGUGA